GACUUGUCACAGCCUCGUGUACCGAUGGCUCGACGUACGUUUGGGACCAACGUCAGCCUCAAAAGCCAUUACAUACGCUGGCUCAUGGUCAACCCAUGAUGCAGCUUCGCCCUGAUCAAGACCGUGAACUUGAAGAUGUGGGGGUCAGAUACAUCGAGUGGAGUCAUAAUACUGGACAAUUGUACACGGGGUCUAGUGACGGCUUCCUGAAGCAUUGGGACACACGCCGCUCGCCGGCCGAUGUCCUACUCGAGGACCUUGUGGAUACCGGUCGUGGAAUCCUGUGUGGACGUCUUUCGCCCGAUCAUUCAUCCUUGCUGCUCGGGGACGAAGACGGGCGUCUGCAUCUACUUAGCUCGUCGAAUGGUCCAUCUCCAGAGGAGCAGUUUUGUUUCCGAGUGGCCGAACGAUGGAACAUUGACAACUAGGGACUGCUCUUACGGAAGGAUGAAAAGUGAUCAAUGAAGAGACCGGUCGGAAGCGAAGACUGAUGAAUGUGUAGGACAAUAGUGACAGGGACAGGAACGGCGAGGUUGGGGGAUUUAUAUUGACCAGAAUAGAGUCCUUGAGGCUGCGAACUACGCUUAUUGCCCCUGGCCAGAAUUGCGGUAUCUCUCAUCUAGUUAUAGCUUCAGCAGAAAUCGUAGUGGUGUUUGACCUGGUAGACCGAUCGAGUCGCAACGAUCAAGUCCUUCUGGGAAGAAAGCACGAGAUCAUCCACCUUGAUAGGAUGUCUUGCAGAAGUAGACUCGCGGCAUAGAAAGUGUCCCGAGGUCACCAAAGGAGACAACAAAGAGAAACAACGUCUUGGUCGGCCACAUAUGCUUC